AUGUCGGACACACAUGCAGACUUCCCCACGGUGAAAAUUAUGGCGGACCUCUCAUUAGCGACUCUCAAAAGCAGAAAGGACUUCCCCGCAAUAACGGAGGAGCUAUGCAACACUGGGAUCCGAUACCGCUGGGGUUCUUUUACCAAACUCCUGAUCACGAAGAACUGCGGAAUAAAAUUUAUCCCCACACACCUUAAGAUGGCCUUAAACAGCACCGGGAAUGGGGUCUACUCACUAAACCCCCGCUGA